GCAACAACGAGAACGAUUUCGUUCCUGUGCGAUAAGAAGUAGCAAUGAUGAGCUUUUCGUCUUUAGGCAAAGAGGUUGCGUUCCUUUGUAGCGCUUCAUGGAUCAAACUAGCCUGCAUCUGCAGGUCCCUUUGCUUCCUCCUUUCUUGCUGUUUCCGCUUCCUGCUCCUCCGAGUCAAUUCCUUCUGCAUCCAAGUUUUUUACUUCGUCUUCCUCUCGUUCCUCGGCUUCUGGGUCCUCAAGGCCCUAGGGCCGCGGACCGAUUCCUUUAGGCCUAGGGACUUGGAUCUGUUCUUCACUUCCGUCUCUGCGACGACCGUCUCGAGCAUGUCGACGGUCGAGAUGGAAGUCUUCUCCAACUCACAGCUUGUCGUGAUGACCGUCCUGAUGUUCAUCGGAGGAGAGGUCUUCAUUUCCCUCGUUGGGCUUCAUCUUAGGAAGUCCAAGCUCCGGUGGCGCAUCAGAACCGAAGACAAAGUCGCCUCUGCCGAUGGCAAUCUCUGCCCUUCCGCCCCAACAAAUGACAUUGUUGACCACAUAGAGUUAGGUGGAGUGGCGAAAACAGAUUGCCUGAACUCGCAGGUAGAGCCUCAAUUUUACAGACCGCAAGACAAGUCCUCAGAUCUUGACUAUUUGAAAUAUUGUUCGGUUAGGUUUUUGUGUUAUGUAGUGUUAGGUUACCUUCUGGUAGUCCAAGUUCUAGGAGUUGCCGCAGUUUCGCUCUAUAUCACACUAGUUCCUAGCACCAGAGAUGUGCUAAAGAAGAAAGGUCUCAAAAUGGUGACCUUUUCCGUCUUCACCACCGUGUCGACCUUCGCCAGUUGUGGGUUUGUCCCGACCAAUGAAAACAUGAUUAUCUUCAGCAAGAACUCUGGCCUCCUCCUGAUUCUCAUCCCUCAGGUCCUUCUUGGGAACAUGCUGUUCCCGUCGAGCCUACGUUUGACGCUUUGGCUCAUCGGGAGAUUCAGGGAGAAAGAUGAAAUCGGGUACUUGUUGAGCAGGACAAGUGAAAUUGGUUACAAGCACUUGCUUCCGAGCCUCUACUCGUCGCUACUGGGGGUCACGGUGAUGGGGUUCGUCGGUAUUCAGUUUAUAAUGUUUUGCUCGAUGCAGUGGGAUUCGGAAUCGUUGAAUGGACUAAGCUCCUGUGAGAAAAUCGUGGGCGCGCUGUUUCAGUGCGUGAACAGCAGACAUACCGGCGAGACGGUCGUCGAUCUGUCCACAGUUGCUCCCGCCAUCUUGGUGCUAUUCGUGGUCAUGAUGUACCUUCCGCCUUACACGUCGUUUCUUCCGGUGAAAGGCAAUGAGAGGCUCCCGGAAAACGGCGAAAGAAGAAAGCCGAAACAGAGUUAUAGACUGCUUUUGGAGAAUCUCAAAUUUUCACAGCUUUCCUACCUGGCCAUCUUUAUCACCGUGAUUUGCAUCACCGAGAGGAAAAAGAUGAAGGAAGAUCCCCUCAAUUUCAACGUGUUGAACAUCGUGGUCGAAGUGGUAAGCGCAUAUGGAAAUGUGGGGUUUACGACAGGAUACAGUUGCGAACGCCAACUAAGGCCUGUCGAAGGCUGCGAGGACAAGUGGUAUGGAUUCUCCGGGAAAUGGAGCGAUGAAAGCAAAAUCAUCCUCAUCGUAGUCAUGUUUUUCGGAAGAUUAAAGAAGUUCAACAUGAAGGGCGGCCGAGCUUGGAUACUCCUGUAAAGAAGAUAGAAGACUUCUUGAUGCCCUAUGAGCAAGCAAAUGGAGCAUCACCAGAUUAGAGACCAGGGCAAAAUCAUCCUCAUUCUCGUCAUGAUUUUGCUCCUCCAACUUUUACUUUUUGUAAAUUUAAUGUCCAUUUCUUCUUUUUUGUUUUGUCUAGUCAAGUGCAGUAGUUGUUCUAAUUGCAAAAAUUAACAUGCCAUCGAAGUUCAUUUUAGGUUAAGCAUAAUAUGUAGUCUUAGAGUUGAAUCUUAGCCCCAAUCAGCUAAUCUGAUCUCGCUUCAUCGAAUUUGUGAUCAAGAAUUUAUCUUUUGUA